AUGUUCGACCUCCCUGCCCACCUGUCCAACCUCAACUCGAUUCAGUCGCCCCCCUCCCAGGCGAUCAACAACGAGCAUGAAGAGGCCUUUUGGGACUUUAUGCACACCGACCAGCUCUUUGAGAACUUUGGCGGUGUCUCGCCAGCGGCGCAUGAUGCAAAGGCGGAGAUGCACAGGGGAGCGGCGGGCGGUAGGCACGGAGGGAUGAUGUCUGCGCCAGCACCCACACCGGCCCCAACACUGGCGGCUUAUGCGGCCCCUUCGCCCUCACCUGCGGCGGCGGCUCCGCGCAAGAACGAGCGAGAGAGCGGACCUACCAUCGAGGCCUUCCUCGCUGCUUUUGCAAACGAGCACGCCUCCUCAUCCACCGGCUACCGCCUCCCCAUCACCCUCCCCCUCCCUUACUCCUCCGCCCCUACCCCCAACUCAGUCGAUACCGCCUCCAUCAUCCCCCGGCCGCAACAGCCACAGCCCGAGGAGGUGUACGGCGAGAACGGCGAGCGGCUAUCGGGCACCAAGAAGCUCAAGCAGCUCGGUGCCCCGCCCGCUGAGAUCGAGGAGGACAAGCGGCGGCGAAACACAGAGGCGAGCGCGCGGUUCAGGCAAAAGAAGAAGGAGAGGGAGAAUGCCUUGGAGAUCAGAGCCAGUAUGUUUUCUUCUUUUCUCUAUUCCGACCUCUGGUUCGGUGAGGACUGUGUUGACAUUAUUGCAGAGGAACUGGAAGCGCAAGUGGCACAGCUCGUCGCGGACAAGUCGAGCCUCGAGAAUGAGAACAAGUUGCUCAAGGCAAUAGUGCUCGGGAGUGGACAGGCAGGGGCAGAGCAACUGCAGGGGGCGAUGGCGGCGUUUGGGGCCAAGCGGAAGAGGGACGAGUAG